GGACGAUCCGGCCGCUGCACGCUGGGCGGGCGGCGAUGGAGGCUGCCCGCGCCGUGCGCUUCCUGCUUGUGGUGUGCGGCUGCCUCGCACUUCCACCGCGGGCCGAGCCCGUGUGCCCGGAGCGCUGCGAUUGCCAGCACCCCCAGCACCUCCUGUGCACCAACAGGGGGCUCCGCGCCGUGCCCAAGACCAGCUCGCUGCCGAGCCCCCAGGACGUGCUCACCUACAGCCUUGGCGGCAACUUUAUAACCAACAUCACGGCCUUUGACUUCCACCGCCUGGGACAGCUCAGACGGCUGGACCUGCAGUACAACCAGAUCCGCUCUCUGCACCCCAAGACCUUCGAGAAGCUCUCGCGACUGGAGGAGCUCUACCUAGGGAACAACCUCCUGCAGGCGCUCGCCCCAGGCACGCUGGCCCCACUGCGCAAGCUGCGUAUCCUCUACGCCAACGGGAACGAGAUCGGCCGCCUGAGUCGCGGCUCCUUCGAGGGCCUGGAGAGUCUUGUCAAGCUGCGGCUGGAUGGAAACGCCCUGGGGGCACUGCCGGACGCGGUCUUCGCUCCCUUGGGCAACUUGCUCUACCUACAUCUGGAGUCCAACCGGAUCCGCUUUCUGAGCAAGAACGUCUUCGCCCAGCUGGGCAAACUGCGCUUCCUCAACCUCUCUGCCAACGAACUGCAGCCCUCCUUACGCCACGCGGCCACCUUCGCACCGCUGCGCUCACUUUCCACCCUCAUCCUCUCGGCUAACAGCCUGCAGCACCUCGGGCCGCGAGUCUUCCAGCACCUGCCGCGCCUCGGCCUACUCUCACUUAGAGGCAACCAGCUCACGCACCUCGCGCCGGAGGCCUUUUGGGGGUUGGAGGCCCUGCGUGAGUUGCGCCUGGAGGGCAACCGGCUGAGCCAACUGCCAGUGGCGCUGCUGGAGCCUCUGCACAGCCUGGAGGCACUGGACCUGAGCGGCAACGAGCUGUCCGCUCUGCACCCCACUAUCUUUGGCCACCUGGGCCGGCUGCGCGAGCUCAGCCUACGCGACAACGCACUCAGCGCCCUCUCCGGGGACAUCUUCGCUGCCAGCCCGGCUCUCUACCGCCUGGAUCUAGAUGGCAACGGCUGGACCUGCGACUGCCGGCUACGGGGCCUGAAGCGAUGGAUGGGCGACUGGCACUCGCAAGGCCGGCUUCUCACGGUCUUUGUGCAGUGUCGCCACCCCCCGGCCCUGAGGGGGAAGUACCUGGAUUACCUGGACGACCAGCAACUGCAGAAUGGGACUUGUGCAGAUCUCUCGCCGUCGGUUUCCCCGACAGCCGAUGGCAAGCGGUGGCCCUUACCCACUGCCACCGGGGGGGAGAUGGCGCCCCCUACAGGUGGCCUCGCAGAGGAGCUGCCGCCGCAGCCGCAGCCCCAGCAGCGGGGGCGAUUACCGCCGGGGGUAGCCUGGGAUGGGACAGCCAGGGAGCUCUUGAGCAACCGCAGCGCCCUGAGGCUGAGCAGACGGGGCCCAGGUCUCCAGCAGCCGGGCCCCUCCGCCGCUGCUGCCGCGGAGUGGGCUCCACAGCCCCUGGACCUGCUCGAGAAGGCCGAGUUGGGACGUCCGACUCUGGUUGGUCCUGAGCAUGCGGAACCCACCCCGACGGCUGCGCCCAACUCUGCGCCACUGCCUGCCGGCGACCCCUGGCAACGUGCGGCGAAGCAGCUCCUAGCCGUUCAGCAGCAAGAGAGCGCCGCCCAGUCCCACGGCGGGGUCGGCCUGCCGCCGCUGGUGUCCGAUCCGUGCGACUUCAACAAGUUCAUUCUGUGCAACCUAACGGUAGAGGCGGUGGGCGCCGACAGCGCCUCGGUACGCUGGGCCGUGCGGGAGUUCCGCAGCCCCCGGCCGCUGGGCGGCGCGCGCUUCCGCCUGCUCUUCGAUCGCUUUGGCCAGCAGCCAAAAUUCCACCGCUUCGUCUACCUGCCGGAGCGCAGCGACUCGGCCACUCUGCGCGAGCUGCGCGGAGACACCCCCUACCUGGUGUGCGUAGAGAGCGUGCUUGGGGGCCGCGUCUGCCCGGUGGCCCCCCGCGACCACUGCGCAGGGCUGGUCACCCUGCCCGAGCCUGGGGGCCGGAGCAGCGUCGACUACCAGCUGCUGACCUUGGCCCUGCUGGCGGUGAAUGCGCUGCUAGUGCUCCUGGCCUUGGCUGCCUGGGCGUCACGCUGGCUGCGGAAGAAGCUGCGGGCCAGGCGAAAGGGAGGGGCUCCUGUCCACGUUCGCCACAUGUACUCCACCCGACGGCCCCUGCGCUCCAUGGGCACCGGCGUGUCUGCCGACUUCUCGGGAUUCCAGUCGCACCGGCCGCGUACCACCGUGUGCGCGCUCAGCGAGGCGGACCUCAUCGAGUUCCCGUGUGACCGCUUCAUGGACAGCGGGGGCGGGGGCGCGGGAGGCAGCUUGAGGCGGGAGGACCAUCUCCUGCAGCGAUUUGCGGACUAGAUCCAGGGCCUCCAGCGCUGUGGAGACCAUUCAUUGGCCUUGAGGAGCUACCUCUCUGGUGGGCCCCUCAACCCACCGCAGGGGAAGGUCUCAUUUUAUCACGUCUUCUCCUUUCCCCCUUUUGUGCAUUUGCCAGAGGGGCCAAAGGGAACAGUCAAUUCGGCGCCACCCCCCAAACCCCAGUACUCACUCAAUGAAGUAAAUGGAUGAUGGUACUUGGUGGUCAAGGCCAAGAAUAGGCGACACGUGGAUGACGGGGUCCAGAGGAGGGGGGCCUCUUUUAUGUGGAGACCUUGGCUUUCGUGGUAUCUCAAUGCAAUAGCCUGGCCCCUUUUGGGGUAGAAAAGGGUGCUUGUUCUCCCAACAUGAACAGAAAAAGAUUUGGAUGCAUACUUUUUUAUUUGUUCAGUGUCCGACAGAGGCGUUUUGGUCCUAUUUAAGGAAAAAGGAACUUAUUACCCUUACAAAGGACGUUUGACAAGUGACUCCACUGGUAUGGUGGUCUCUGCCAAGAAGGAUGAUUUAAAUAGGUGGGAAAAUCAAACACUUGCCAAGGAACUCCUUAAUGGUGGUUAAUAGAACAUUCAGGAUAAUUUAAUGUUUAAGUAAUUAGAGACGCUAUUUUUCUUUUUUUUUUUUUUCAACAAUGUGAAGAGCUGGGACAUUUAACAAACUGGUCAAUAAACUCCAGGACUCUUUUAGUUGAGCUGGGAGUUCAGCUGUUUUCUUUUUAACAUUAACACCACAAGAACGUUUGCUGACCUUGGGGUUAACUAAAGAUUACAUACUUUCUCUGGAGAAGGCUGCCUGCAAGACUUCUCUGUCAGGGUUGCUCCUGUGGCUUUUUAAUUUUAUUUUUUUAAACCUGUAUAUGUUAAAGGAUAUUUCAAUGCCAGAUUUGAUGGAAGAAUGUAAUGUGUACGUGAAUGAUGACCCCAUAGGGAACACCUGUGGUCUAGUUUGCCUACCACGUCUCUGACAAUGUGUUCAGAUUGGAGUAAAUGGGAUGUGGUACUUCUCAUGUUUUUAUCAGUGACACUCAGUGACUGUGCCCUCUUUCCCUCUAGUCGCACAGUUAAGUGAUAAAGGUAAUUUCCUAAUGGGGAGCAAGAGGUGAUUGUCAACCGAUAGUGUGAUGUUUGAGCACAUUAAUGUCUUAAUCUAUAUGAACUGGUAGAAGGGAAGAAAUUACUGGGGGAAAAAUGUGAAAAAAUGUACAUCAGUGGUUGUCUGUUUCUACUAAAACCAGAAGAUUGUUAUGAGUACUUAAACCUCACUGUGAAAUAAUUCUAUAUUUUGCAAAUUAAUCCUUCCACUACCCAGUGUUUUACCGUGUUAUUAAAUUGUAUCUUUUAGUUAAUAGCUGCAGUAUUUCUUUUAAAUGUUUUUGUUUUAAACUUAGGGUUAGGCUCCUUUAUUUGCUCUGUUGUUUUCAACUAUUUGAGAUACUUUCGUUCCCUGAUAUUUAUGAAGUACAUGUUUAUCACUAACUGUAGUGCCUUGGUUUACAUGAAUAAUUUUGUGUGUGGUCUAAAAAUGUAGUCACUACGAGGGUGUACAUGGUUAUAUUGACCAUGGUUAGGAAUCUGUUGGCAGAGUAGGGUGCCAUGGAGGCCACUACAAUGGUGCUAAGGCGAACAGUAAUCUUCUGUUUCGGGCCUUAAGCCCCUGAGGGUCCUGAUGACUCAGGGAAUCUAUCACAAUCCAGGGGUCCUUCGCCCCAAAUCCACUCCUUUUAUGUUUGGCCUCCAUUGAACCGGGCCUGCCCUUGUCCCGACAGCUGAGUGGGAACUUAGGGAUCUAAAUGAGCUGAUCUUUGUUUAUGUUCAGAUGAAUAAAUGUCCAGACCACUUAAAGUACAGCUGCUUUUCUGGCAGUCUCAUCUGUGGGGUCAAAACUUAAUAAACCACAGGAAAUAGACUGUCAUUCUUAGUUUGCUGCCAGAGCUUGUUUCAGAUUCCAAGCUUAUUGGUACGUGGGAGAGGUGUAGUUGUUUGUUCUUAUUUGCAACCUUUGGACUAUCUUGCACCUUUCAUGUUCCUAGCUUUUCUUCAUUCAUAGAGCGAUUGCAUCUCUUAGCGGUUUCUUUUGCACAAAAAGUGUAAUAUUGAGUCCCAUUGAAAGUCUGGAAAAGACCUCUGGUUCUUCCCAUGACUCACCCUUUUUACUGCAGGUCGUCACUGAAAAUGCUUAAUGCCUGGAUCUAUGUAAAAACAGUUUCACUGAAAAAAGCCUUUCAGUGGGAAAUGAAUAAAUGUUAUACAUUGUUGUUCAGUUACGUCAAUAAACCCACGUACUAAUAGA